CUCACGGCUUCUCUCACGGCUGACCUCCUGCAGGCAGGCUGCCAAUAUCCAUUUAUUCUCACCGCUCUAUCACCCACGAGCGCUAGCACUGGACGACGAACCGGUUCCGUCUUCACCUGCGCUGCGUUCACGUCACGUCAAUAGUAUUUCAGGAAACUCUUGUUUGAACUCGAAGUCGUUUUCGUCGAACCAAUUCUCGUGUCGCCCGCCUGUCAGGAUAAACGAAUAGGCGAUCAGGGGAAGGUCUGUCUAGUUCCCUCAAACCUUUCCACCGCGCCGCCGAUAAUGUCGUCCGGACCGCCGUUUGGAGGAGGAAUGGCGGGCGCGCCACCAAUUGGACAAGUAUACGGAGACAGUUUCGCUUCGACAUCGAGUAACUCUGCGUUCGGUGGAGCUGUGCACCCAUACUCUCAGCAACCCCAGCAUUCACAGUAUGCGGACUUCCAGCAGCCGUCCCUUCUUUCACACACUCCCGCCCCGCCGGGACCACCGCUGGCCUUCCGUCAGCAGCAGCAAGCUCCUUUACAGCAGUCACGGCUACCCGCGGCUUUUCCCACGAACGCUGGACCGUCGCUCACACCAGUCUCAGGGGCUAUAGCACCGGCGUCGACUUGGAAGUACCCGAGACGUCCGGAUGUAGGCACGGCGGGUCGUCAGAUCCAGGUUCGCGCGAACUUCUUCCCGAUCCUCAACUUCCCGAAAACAAUGAUCCAUCACUACGACGUGGCGAUUUUGCCUGACGUUCCACCUGCCAAGAACCGAAGAAUUUAUCAGAUCUGGGAACAGGCAUUGAAGUCGGGCAAAUGGAAGGGACCUAACCUAGGAUUGGGGCCCUCAAGCGUCCCACAACCGGCUGACCUGGGGGACAGGCCAUUCAUCCCGCCCGUAUUCGACGGAAGGAAGAACGUAUAUAGCAUUCAGGAUCUUGGACUUCCUGAGGGCAUCGAUUCGGUCUAUGAGCUGGACUACUUUGAGGACGAGGAGGCCAAAGUGCGGGGCGGUAGAAAGUUCACCAUGGCCAUUCGAAAGGUUGGAGAGAUUGACAUGCAGCGUUUGGCUGCCUUCUUGGAAGGCCGCACUGGGGAAACACCCUAUGAUUGCAUGGCUGCAAUGGAUAUCCUUCUCCGCCACCGUCCGUCCUUGACGUACACAACCAUCGGUCGGUGUUUCUACACGGCGGAUUCCGCCACCACGAUUGCCAACGGAGCCCAGCUGUGGCAGGGUUUCCAUCAAAGCGUGCGCCCGGCACAAGGGCAGAUGCUCAUCAACCUGGAUGUCUCAGCAACGGCCUUCUACCAACCAGGCCCUGUUGUGGAAAUCGUCGCAAGGAUUUUGGGACGACAUGAUGCCUCUGAGCUGCGAACACCUCUGAACGAACGCGACCGGCAGAAGGUCGAGAAAGCGCUCAAAGGCCUGAAGAUUGUCGUCACCCACCGAGGCCAGAUCCGCCGGAAGUUCCGCAUCUCAAAAAUUACCAGCACACCCGCCAAUCGCACCAUGUUUGCGCUUGAGGAGAGUGGUGCCGAGACAUCCGUCGCGGGCUUUUUCCAGUCCAAGUACAACCACACCCUGUACUUCCCGCAUUUGCCUUGUCUGGUGGUUGGAGAUCCUGCGCGGCAGGUGUUCUUGCCAUUGGAAGUUUGCGAUAUUAUGGCUGGACAGAGGCAUCUCAGAAAGCUCAAUGAGAAGCAGACGGCUGAGAUGAUCAAGUUCACUUGUCAACCACCCCAUGUGCGCUCCAACAAAAUCUCUGCCGGAAUCACCCUUCUCCAGCAAAGAGACAACGAAUACUUGCGUGACUUUGGUGUACAAAUCGGGCACGAGAUGGCCAUUGUCAAUGCCCGGGUUCUGCCAGCCCCAUCGAUCUCUUACCACCCGGCGUCGAAGGAGCCCAUCAUCACACCGCGAGAGGGUGCAUGGAAUCUACGCGAUAAAAUGGUCGCGCAGGGAGUGACCAUUCGUUCGUGGAGCGUGAUCGCUUUCGGACAAGAGCAUGAUUACCCGAUUGGGGCCAUUCAGAAGUUUGUCACCCUCUUGGUGCAGACCUGUGAAGAGUGUGGGGUGUUCAUCGCAAACCGACAGCCACCCAUCUCGUACGCCAACCCUCAUGGCAACAUCGAGAAGGCAUUGAUUGAUGCGUACAUGCUUGGCGGACAAUCGUUUAGCGAGCGGCCACAGCUCGUUGUCUGCAUCCUACCCAACACUGGCGUGCCUCUCUACGCAGAGAUCAAGCGCGUCUCCGACACGGUCAUCGGCGUCGCCACCCAAUGUGUCCAAGCGAAGCACAUGUUUGCCGCAAAACGCCAAUACUGUGCAAACGUUUGCUUGAAACUCAACGUCAAGCUCGGAGGAAUGAACUCAUACCUCUCUAAUACCCAGUUGCCUUUCAUCGCUGAACGACCGACGAUCAUUAUCGGCGCGGAUAUGACCCAUCCAACCCCCGGCUCUGCCUCCAAUCAAUCCAUCGCGGCAGUGGUAGGCUCGAUGGAUGCACAGUGCUCUCGGUUCGCGGCAUCCAUCCGCGUGCAGAAAGGAAAAUCAGACUCGAUCCGCGACCUGUCGGGAAUGAUCAUCGAGCUGUUAAAGACUUUCUACCAAACUUGCGGCGCUAAACCCGAACGCAUGGUAUACUACCGCGACGGCAUAGCAGACCCCCACGUCGCCGAAGUGCUCGCGUACGAGACGGCCGCCAUCCGGCAAGCCUGCGAUACCCUCGAGCCGGGCUACUGCCCAACCAUCACCUUUGUGGUCGUCCAGAAACGCCAUCACGCUCGGUUCUUCCCUAUCCGCAAGGAAGACUCUGACCGUUCGGGCAACAUCCUCCCCGGCACAGCUAUAGCCCACGGCGUGACGCACCCCUCCGAAUUCGACUUUUACCUCUGCUCGCACCCCGGUCUGCAAGGCACGUCUAAACCGACGCACUACCACGUCUUGCUGGACGAAAACAAGUUCACGUCCGACGGCAUGCUCGAGCUCACGUACAGGCUGUGCUACCUCUACUGCCGCGCCACGCGCAGUGUGUCGGUCGUACCCCCGGCGUACUACGCUCACCUGGUCGCCGCCCGUGCGCGGUUCCACGCGUUUGGCGAAGGGACGUGGGAGUUGCCUGCAACCAAAGACCACCUCAUCUUCACCAAGAAGAGCGCCUCGGCGGCCGCGGCGGCGGAACCGUACGUCGCUUCCCCGCUGACCCCGGUCGGCGGGAUGGCCACCGGAGCGGAGUUCGGCGACAACCUGCACACUUCAUUGUCCUCUUUAUCCCUGUCAUCCAUACAAUCAGCUCAGAUCCCCUCCGUCGCUGCUGCGGCCGGUGGGAAGCCCGGCGCCAGCGCAAAUGUACCGCCGACCCCGUGGAACGGACGAAAGGCGAAGGAUGGACCGGUGCGCGUGAUGAACUACGGGACCGUGAAGGAGGAGUUGAGUCGGGUUAUGUACUUUAUGUAAACGGGAGGGCGAGACAUCCUAGGCGGUGGGACCGGUCGCUGUGAUGGUGCUUGUAUGAGCACGACGGAUUUUUGUUUGCCAUGUGUUCCGAAAUGGAUCUGGACGUUGAAACUGGGGAUGGGACGUUGUACAGCUGUUUAAGGGGUUUGUUAUUUUGACUGGAUCGGGAGAUUUUUCUGCUUUCCGUUGUAGGUCUGGGAUGCUCCCUUUGCCUCAUCAGGUAUUUUGUAAAGUAAUUUUGUUGCCUAUAAAGCGUUAAUAAGGUUUGGAUGAAGCGAGCGAGUAUAUGGUCGUGGAAGUCGUCGGACUCAGCACAGGACAUCGCUUUAAUAAACCAGGGUACGAGAUGCGGGCGGGAUAUGGGCAAGC